CCCUCCUCUCUUAUUCGACUCGAGGACACGCUCCGCGCCUCAUCACCUGUGAUGCUCGAUAUCUAAUCUUCAUCGCACUCGUUCUGUCCCAACAUGAACGGAGAGUCAUCCACCACCAAACCCAGGCGACAGGACCUAUCCUAUGCCGAUCAGCAGGAGCUGCUUGCGUUCAUCGAGAAGCGCAGGUGGUUUGAGGGCAAGCUUGAGUCUCUCAAGGCCCUAGCGCCCGUAUAUCCCUUCGUUCAUCCCGUCCUUGUGCCCGACCCAGCGAGCACGGCAGGUUAUGUCCGCGCCGGAGCAGAGUCGUCACCAUGGCGACUGCCCAACAAAGCACAGCUCGCUGCAUGGGUCAACGAGAGGAAAGCGCUCGUCGACGAGGUCGAGCGCUUUGACGACGGAGACAUGGAGCGCAUGAAGGAGAAGACACGACAAAUUACCCGCGUCCCUCUGACGCAACCAUCCACCGACCUCGUCGAGGUCACCCUCGACCUCAUCCUGCUCAUUGACCAGCUGCUCGCCGUUCUUCGCAACCGUGGGUCGAUACUCGAGCUGACGUCCCUCCGCCUGCAAUGGGACGACCUGCGGUACGAAGUCCGCCGCGAGACCGAGAGCGUCACGGCGGAGAUCGAACAUGUGGUAGCCGAGGCACAAGCCUGGCUGCCCGGUGCGCCGACAGCCCCACGAUGGGAACCGCGACGCAGGCGCAGCUCGGCACAGCUACCGCCCUCACCCAGCAUUCGCCCCUCGUUGUCGGAGCAAUCGCUCCCGGAGCACGCAGUGGCUCCCUCGACACCGCCCCUGGGAGCCAAACAGAUUCUUCGCUCCCCCAACCGAACCCCUUCACCAACCAAGCUUCCUGGAUCUCCGACAAAGCCACACAAUGUGCCCCGAUCGGCACUGCACAUCUCCAUCUUGCGCUCGCAGCUCGUCGGGCUUCAGACUCGUCAUCACAACCUGCAAUACAGCCUGGUUAGACGCAGCGGCCAGAUUCUUGACAAGAUGAUCGACCAGGCUGGGAAGCUCAAGGAUCUUGGGGGCGUCGACGGUCCGCUCGAUGAGGAUGGCCAGCGCCAGCACGCCAUUCCCGACGCUCUCAUCGAUCUGCAGGAGGAGAUCGAGGCUAGAGCUACUGACAUUGGCGACCGCGUCAAGUGGUGCAGCUCGUUUGAGCAGCAGUGUCGCAAAGGGCACGACCAUUACUCGCGCUCAGCGCGGGCUGGAAAGGCUGGCUUAGACUUUUUGUCUGAUAUUAAGGCCGCACUUUGCAGGCCACCCACAAGCCAGAAACACUUAGAAUUGCAGCAAAUGUUCGCUGAGGCUAGCUCGGCUCUUCCCCCGCCAUUAGACGCCGAGCCCUUGCCCAUGCCAACGCAUCCCGCCUUCCCCAGCAAAGACGACCACAACGAGGCUGUUGUUGCUGCCCUCAAUGAAGCACGUAGUGAUGCCGAGGUUGACCUCGACUUGGGCGAUAAACUUCUUGCGUACUACGGCCAGCUCCUUAGAGCCAGGGAGGCCUUGCAGGCUCAGCAUGCUAGAGUGCAAGUACUUCGCGAACACCUGAACCAGGCAAUCCGACAACUCGACGUGGGCUCAAGCACCGCUCCUCGCCCAACCCUCGAUGGUGUGGCCUCUGAUGGUGGUGACCACUCAGAGUGGUUGUCCAACAUCUCAUCAUGGACCAGCGAGGGCGACAUGGCGUCGCGAGCUGCAACCGACGCCCACGAGACCACCAUCCUGGCCAUCAUGCAGUAUCGAAAGGCGUUGUCAAGCGCUUCCAUGGCAGUCAGGCCCCACUUACCUCCGGACGGUGUCCCUGACGACCUUGGGCCUCUCGUGGACGAUGAUUCUCAAGAUCUUGUCGCGCUCGGCAUGCGUUGCGCAGCGCUAGCCAAGCGCGCACGCAGUGAUGCCGACAUUAUCCCCAUUGUUCUCAGUAUACGGAAGGCGAACGCAGAUAUUUCUGAGGACCUGACCACACUGCAUGCCAAUGUUGUGGGUGCCAUCAACUUGGCUGCUUGGUCCCCCAGAUCAAACUCGGCACUUCCCACGACACUCAGCGACGAGCUUACCGUCAUUGAAGAGCGCGUCAACAAGCGUGACAGUGACCUGGACCGGCUCCGUGCUGUGCCCCUCUCCUCAGACGCGAUCCCUCCACUGGAAUCAGCAGCCGAGGACAGUAAGGAGAACAUGGCUGAAGCUCUCCGCGCCCUCGACGUCUUCCGGCGCGUCUCUGCUCAGGCUCAGACAGUCCGCGAUUUGCAGGACGAGGCGAAUCGCCUCGUCGAGCAACUCGAGUUAGCCUCAGAGUCGCUUGCCGAUGCCAAUCCCGAUUCGUCCGACACCAUCCUUGCUGACCUGCGCGGGCGUGUCACCGAGUGGAACGAUAACAUCAUCUCUAGAGUCGGUCUUGUGUCUGGACACGAGCCAUCAUCGUCGACAUGGUCCCCGGAUGGUGAGAGGAGAUCGACAAGCGGCCCUUUGACACCGCCAUUGACGCCCGUUGAUCGCGUGGACGAGUCAUCGGGCCUCAUGUCGACUAUGCCUGACCUCAUGGAGCUCGAUAGGCGCGUGCGCAGUGAGGUCAACCACCAGUCGGCGCGUGUAAUGGCUUCAUUGGCUCACUUGACGGGCGUGCACGACCGGCUUUCAUACGAGCGCUGGGCGGCACCCGUGCGCUGCGCCACCGAGUCUCUGGACGCUGCCAAAGAUGAGCUCCAAACCACCCUCAGCCGCCUGAUGCAGGAGCUUGGUCACAUGAAUGACGACAACCAAGCCUCGCGUCACGAGCACGCCGUCGAGAGCAUCCGUACGGGCGCCGAGGCCAUAGGCAAGCACGCCUCGACCGUUCAAUCUCUAGUGGCUAGACUCAACGAUGUCCUGGGCGCUGAUGCCUCGGCAGGCAUAGACAUGCGUCAGGCUGCAGACAUCUUCUCGUCGGCAGACGUGACGCGUGAGGCUGCGCUCGAGCAGAUCACCAAGGCCGAGAAAUGGCAGCGGCAGCUAGAGGACAUUGUCACCCAGUCAUUGUUGGCACGGUCCGCCACGCCAGUAGCGCGCCGGAGUGUCGACGUUCCACGUACGCCGGAGCAGGUGGCUAAGAAAGCUAAAUCAUUGUCUGGUGGCUUGGACGCGUUGGACCUCGAGGCAAUUGUCCACCCAUCGCCCGCUCAGCUGCGUGCAACUCCAAAGCGACGACGUCUGCCCAGCUCGUCAGAGGCUAAGCAGCUCGCGAAGGCCUUCACGUCAAUUGCAGACAAGGCUCGCUCCAUGGCUCGCGCGCAGCCCGAUUCGCCGGAACUCAAGAAGCUGCUAGACAAGGUCGCAAGCCAAGGAUCGCUGGUCCCCGACCUCGCAGGACUGGCGGACGUGUCCGACGCUGCAGCUGUGUGCGAUGACGCUUUCAGUCGGCUGCUCGACACAGUCGACGCGGGGGCAGAGCGUGAAACAAGGCGGCAAGCUGAGAAGGAAGCCAAGGCGGCUGUCGAGACACUGCAGCACGUAUCCAAGCCACUUCUUAGUGACUCACGCGUGGCUCUUGAGAAGCGGCGUAUCUUUAACACGUGGCUGGAGCUACGUGCCGUGGCCGAGGAGGACUCCACUGCAGGCAGCUCCACUACUGGCAGCUCAGCGAACGUCUCCGAGCGCCGGGCCAAGCCUCGCCUGGCUCCCCACCCCGCUACAAGGCGGAUGCGGACUAACUCGAUGUUCACCGCUGGUCCUGAGAGGGGCACGCCGACACCGAGCCGCGUUUUGUCAGACACCUCCCAAGCCCGCGUUAGACGCACUCGCCCGUCACUGGACAAUGUGCCGUUUUCCCCAAAGACGCCAACGCGCCAACGCAAUAGCCUCCCGAGCAGCAUCAGUAUGCCCGGUAGACCUACACCUCGAGCCAUUACGCCGACUGUGCCAGUGCCCUUCAAACUCUCUACUUCACGCUCGAUUAGCCGCGUGUCGCGCUCCGCGAGCUCUUCCACAAACCUCGCCGGCCUUGCGGAAACACCGACGCGCUCCCGCACGAGAUUCGCUAGCGAGCCGCCGAUCUCGGCCUCCGGGCGCAAGCCCAAGUUCAUGCCUGCGCGUGAGAAGAGCACGCUCGACGCGGCUGUACAGAAUGUCCUCAAAGAAUUAGACAUGAAGGUACCCAUAGUGCCCGCAGGUCGUCUCUCACCAGACGAGUGGAAAGGAGAAAGCGGCCGCUACUGGAUCGGGCAUGGUGCCCGAGCCCGUAUGUGCUUCUGCCGCAUUUUGGAAUCUAAAACGGUCAUGGUGCGCGUUGGCGGGGGCUGGUGCGAGCUCACUCGCUACCUCCUUUCGCACUUUGCCGACGAGAUUGAAGCUACUUCGUCACUGCCGGAGUGGAACACGACGCCGGUCACGGUCACGAGUGCAAGUCUAAAGAACGCCCCUGCGUCAUUGACAUCACUCCAGCCCAGUACGCCCAGCCGCGCUAGCCUCCCGGCUCAGUUCACGCCGGAGCACGCUACUACCCCACUGCCUCUACGCGCUGCGUCAUUAUCGCCCGAGAAGAGCCCGGGGCCAGGCUCUCCACUCGUCCCGUUCCAGUACUUGCGCAAGGCGAGCGAAAGCCCCAGCGUGCGUGACAAGGAGCGCGCCGCGCUGCGCCGCAACCUUGAGAGUGCUCGAGGCAAGUAGCCGGCGUAUAUGCCCCUGCUUUAGCCGCCAAAUUCGGCGGGUGCCGACGUUGCCGAUGUUGUUAGCGUCAUGUCGGCUGAUGAGCUGGGCGCCAUCGACGCCAUUGCGCGCCCCAAUUGUGUGCGUGCGACGAGACAAUCUUUCUCCUCUCUAGACAUGUCACUGCGUGGUCGAUUCAACACUAGCAUACUCUGUUGUACAAUAUGGUUGAUAACAAUUGCCAAUGUAAUAUGUCUGCUCCUCACAUUAAUG